AUGCUCCUCCAUUGCCAUACUCCGCUCUCAACUCUCUGUGCUACCCCACACUCCUUCUUUCUCCAUCCUGCCCUUCGCCCGUGCGCCCUGCCUGCCCCCCGCAACCAGUCUGGGAGUGGUGCUGCUGGAGCUGCUGUGCUGUCAGGUCGCCGUUCUUUUACGCAAGAGGAGAACGUGGAACCGAUCAGAGACAGCGUUGAAAUGCUGCUUCAAACCAACAAUGCUCUCUUUGAUCCUUCCUCCUCCUCCUCCUGUGCUCGCCUCCUCCUCCUCCUGUGCUCGCCUCCUCCUCCUCCUGUGCUCGCCUCCUCCUCCUCCUGUGCUCGCCUCCUCCUCCUCCUGUGCUCGCCUCCUCCUCCUCCUGUGCUCGCCUCCUCCUCCUCCUGUGCUCGCCUCCUCCUCCUCCUGUGCUCGCCUCCUACUCCUCCUGUGCUCGCCUCCUCCUCCUCCGCCCUCCCCCCGGCGCCGCUGCUGUGCCAGCAGGUGGCCAUGGCGGACGUGCUGCGUGCGACGGCCGGAUGGGCGGCGGAGAGGCGCAUUGGCAGCGGCGGGUUUGGCGACGUGUAUCACGGCGGUUCCUUUCCACUCCAUUUGCCCCCUUUCUCCCCCAUCCUCUUUGACCUCUCCUCACAUUCUACCUUAUCACCCCCUCCCUGCCUCACUCCAUUUGGGUGGCAUCAGAUCAACGAGAUGGCAUCGAAGCACCACCCUCACCUGGUGCGGCUGCUGGGGUUCUGUGUGGACUAUGACGCGGUGGAGCAGCGCAUGGAGCAGAUCGCCAUCUACGAGUUCAUGCCCCACGGGGACCUGCACCACCGCUUGCAUGGCGAUGACACAGGUGGGCACCACCGCUUGCAUGCCCAUGACACAGGUGAUAUCCCACUCGUCCGAUCUGUCCUGCACACUGCUCCCUCUCUCCCUUCCUCCCUUUUUCCCUCUCCUGCCUUCCCUGUCCCUCUCGCCUGCGCUGCUCUCCCCAGCUUUGGAGUGGUCGUGAUGGAGCUGCUCACCUGCAAGUGUGUCGUGAUGCAAUGUGAAGAUGGAUCACACAUCAACAUCAAGGACUGGGUGGAGAAACAGGUGGAGAGAGGGGACAGUGCGUCGGUGGUCAACGGGGAUCUCAAUGCACCGCAUGCCGUGGCCUCCAAGCUGGUUGAGAUCUCUCUCUCAUGUGUUGCGAAGCUCGUGUCAAAUCGACCCACUAUGAGCCAUGUGCUAGUUGAGCUUGAGGCUCUGCGCAGGGAGCUGAUGGGUGGAAGACAGGAGAGAGUGGCGAGGCAGCUAGAUGCACAAGUUCAACGAGCUUCACUGGAUUGUAGCCAACUGGAGGCGGAGCUUGAGAUGAUCUACCGGUAUGGUGCUCACAAUAACUAG